UGCCCUUCAAGAAUUCCAGAUCUUCUUUCAUCAUCAACAACUACUUGAAUGCCUUGCUGACUCUGAUGUUGAAGCUUCGUCGUCGUCAGAAUGAAGCUACUGGUUUCCGUCCUCUUCAUUUCCCUUUGCUUCUCCUCUUCCGUUCUUCCCGCUAUUGCUCGCGGCGGCAUUCCCAGCUCUAACCCCACAGGCUACGGAUAUGGUACUCAAACCGGUUCCGGCAGGCAUUUGUUUGGGGAGGAUGGAUCUCAGACAAGUGUUGAUGCUCAAGGGUACAUGACUAAUUCUGACCUGGAAAUGGCUAUUAAGGACUUUGGCCGACGGUGCAGCAACAUUUCUAGGGUUUACAGUAUUGGGGAGAGUGUGAAUGGUGUUCCUCUGUGGGUAAUUGAAAUAUCUGAUAAGCCUGGGGAGGAAGAGCCUGAACCUGCAUUUAAGUACAUUGGCAACGUGCAUGGAGAUGAACCCGUAGGUCGUGAGCUGCUAAUGCAUCUUGCUAAUUGGAUAUGUGACAACUUUUUGACAGAUCCUAUGGUGACAUUGAUUGUCGACAAUGUGCAUCUUCAUAUACUACCAUCUAUGAAUCCUGAUGGGUUUUCACUUCGGAGGCGUGGUAAUGCAAAUAAUAUAGACUUAAAUCGAGAUUUUCCGGAUCAGUUCUUUAAUAUGAAUGAUGAUGUGGAUGUGCGGCAACCUGAAACAAGAGCAAUAAUGAAGUGGUUGAGAAAGAUACAUUUCACUGCAUCUGCCAGCUUGCAUGGGGGUGCAGUUGUUGCAAAUUAUCCAUGGGAUGGCACUCAGGAUAAAAGGAGAAUGUACUUUGGAUGUCCUGAUGACAAAAUAUUCCGAUUCUUGGCUAGUGUGUACAGUCGUUCUCACUAUAACAUGUCCUUGAGCAAGGAAUUUGAAGGUGGAAUUACAAAUGGAGCUUCCUGGUAUCCUAUAUAUGGAGGCAUGCAAGACUGGAACUACAUAUAUGGCGGCUGUCUUGAAUUGACAUUGGAGAUUAGUGACAACAAAUGGCCUCCUGCAAAUGAGCUUCUUACUCUUUGGGAAUACAACAAAAAGAGCAUGCUUGAUCUCGUUGCUACCGUAGUACAGACAGGAGUACACGGAAGGAUCUUGACCUCAGAUGGUGGGAAGCCAUUGCCAGGCUCUAUUGCUAUCAAUGGAAUAGAUUACACGGUAAAAGCUAGUACAGCCUUUGCGGAUUACCAUCGCUUGCUUGCCCCUGGAGGAAGAUACGAAGUCACAGCCAUUGUCCCAGGUUACAAAUCAAAGACCACGGUUAUUUCAUUGGAAGAAUCAGGCACAAAUGUUGAUUUUAUUUUCGAUCCUGAAGUUGAUCGUAGAUGGGAUAGUAUAAGCAUCAUUUGGGGUCCCCGUUUGGAAGUAUAUUUGCUUAUGAUUGUUGCAGUAUUCCUUCUGUUUUUAUGCAGGAGGAGGACAAUUAGUCGAUUAAAACAGAGACAGUUAGCAGGAUUGAAAAGGCCAGUCGUGGUGUGAGACUAUCGUUUAUUUUUUUGUAGGAUUUUUUAUUUGACAUUUAUUUGUAGGAAUGUUAAUUGUAUAUCCACUAAAUUGUCUCGAGUCUUUUCCCUUUCAGACCAAAAUUAUAGAUUUUCACUG